AGAACCUCCAGUCCCUCCAUUCCAUCCUUUCCACUCUGGGCCAUAAGCCUUAGGACUGUGUUUGUUCUCGUACGGUUUUCGUAUAAAGGGUCGCCCUCGCUUCGCUCCAUGUCUCGCUCCGUGUCAUAAUCAUGUCCCGGCAGGGGAGACAGCAGCCCUUCCAACCAACAGCUCAACCAACACCGCGGGUCCUAUUCAAAACUUCCGGGACGGGCAGCGGCGCUGUCUUUCAGGGAAUCACUGUCAGGGACUACUGUCAGGGCUCACCAAAUAGUCUCAAGUCCAGACCCGUCUAUCGCUCAGAGGCUCGUCCCGCAAAUAAUAUUGUCCUGUCUCAUCAUUGGCAUUUUCAUUACACGUGUCGCGAGACCUCUAGCGAAAGACCCAGACCUCCCAGACCCAGGCCCGGGGAGUCGGGUCCGAGGAAACGGGGUCUCGCUCGCUGGACUGGCGGGCAGGCGGGUUCAACGGGGUUUGAUGGAGUUGACGGGUUCGGCCGGCGGUGGAGGUGGGCGGAUGUUGAGCGGGUAGGGACUGGACUUGUCGGGACUCGUCGGGACUCGUGGAGACUCAACGGUAACGGUAACGGUAACGGUCAACGGGGCCGCCGGGUAGUGCAGCGGAGUCGGGUUCAAUGACAACGAACACAUGCCUAUCGCAAUCCAUUUCAUUCCAGUAGCUGAAAGGAUUGUUUUUUUUUCAACUUGUGCUUCCAUGCGUCGUUGCCAGCUGGCUGGUUCGGUCCCGCCCUAGCUACACUACACUACACUACACUACACUAGCACGACUACUGCGUACACGUGUAGCAG